AACUAAGAAAACAAGUAUGGUGUGGUUGUGCGGUCCAAUUUGGGUCGGACCAGGCUGUUCCCAUUACAUAAAACCAUGAAUCCUUACUCUGUUGUUCUGAGAAUUUGACUGCAGAAUGGGAUGGCUGGAUGCUUACAGCAAGCCUGUAAUGGCACUUGUAGCACUUCAAACAACUUAUGCCGGAGUCACUCUCCUCGCAAAGGCCGCGUUUUCCGAUGGUCUGAAACCAAUGGUCUAUUUGGUCUACAGGGCGGCGAUUGCCACUUUGUUCAUGGCACCAAUUGCUUAUUUUUCAAGCAGGAGUUCAACUGUCCAUGUUUCUUUGGGAUUCAGAAGCUUUUUUUGGCUGUUUGUCGCCUCUCUUUUUGGAACGGUGUGUAAUCAGGUCACAUAUUUCUCGGGCCUAAAAUUAUCGUCCCCAACUGUAGCAAGCACAACUGUGAAUCUGAUUCCAGCAGUUACUUUUGUGUUGGCAACCAUUGCAGGCUUGGAGAAAAUUAACAUCAGAAGCAUAAGAAGUAUUGCCAAGAUUGGAGGAACAAUUGUCUGCGUCGGCGGAGCCAUUUCUGUGGCAUCACUAAAAGGCCCUAAAAUAUUGAACACAGAAUUUGUUCCACUAAAUUCUUCAUUUGGUAUUGGAGGUGAUACAUGGUUGAUAGGUUGUCUACUGCUCUUUAUGAGCAAUUUUUGCUGGUCAGUAUGGCUAAUUGUGCAGGUCAAGGUAACAGCAAACUGUCCUGAUCACUUAGUUGCAACAUUUUGGAUUUGUUUCAUGGGAUUAUUGCAAAUGGCAGUCCUUUCAUUAUUCAUAGAACCUGAUAUUCAAGCAUACAAACUGCAUUCCAAUAUAGAGUAUAUUUGCUGCCUCUUCGCGGGAAUGGCAUCAGUUGUGUCUGUGUUUGGUCAAUCAUGGUGCAUUUCACAAAGAGGUCCACUCUUUUGUGCAAUGUUUAACCCUCUAUCCACUGUCAUUGUCGCAAUCUUGGCUGCUAUAUUCCUACAUGACCAAAUAUAUAUUGGAAGUUUGGCAGGUGCUAUUGCUGUGAUUACGGGUUUAUACGUCGUGUUAUGGGGUAAAGCAGAAGACAUUAAGGUAAUCAAACAAGAGAAGGCCGACCCAGAAAUACAAAAUGAUCAGAGGAGUACCAGUCAAGGUCCAAGUUAUGAGCCUCCAGAGAGAAAUGUUGUUGAGGAUUUGAAGGAACCACUCAUUACUCAUAUCAGAUAGGUCUGUCUGUUGUUUGUAAUAAGGGCAAGGGAAAGAUGAGAUAAAUGAAAGUCUGCUAGACUUAAUAAUACUGCAAGUAUUUAUAAGAGACUUAUCUAGAUGCAUAUGGGCCUACAAUUGUGCCCAAUUUUGAAACAUAAAAUUAUAGUAAGCUAGA